GGAAUCGUGCUACAGGCGGCAGAGUGGAAGGCGGAGAUGGAGGGAACCAUGGCAGGCAUGGUGGCCUUGUGGAACGAGUGGGAAAUCCGCGUGCUUGUGCUCUCCAGCCUCGCGCUGCAGGUGUUCCUCCUCUUCUCCGCCGUCAUCCGCAAGCGCAACGUCUCCGCCGUGCUCGGCCUGCUCCUCUGGCUCGCCUACCUGCUCGCGGACUCCAUCGCCAUCUACGCGCUCGGCUACCUCUCCCAGACGCGCGUCCCCAGAGGCGUCGACGUGCGGUCCUUCCGCAACACCCACCGCAUCCAAGCCUUCUGGGCGCCGUUCCUCCUCCUCCACCUCGGCGGCCAGGACACCAUCACGGCCUUCUCCAUCGAGGACAACGAGCUCUGGAAGCGCCACCUGCUCAGCUUGCUCUCCCAGGUUGCCCUCGCUAUGUACGUCUUCGCGAAGUCGCGCCCAGGCGCCGAUAUCCUUGCCCCCGCCGUGUUCAUGUUCUUGAGUGGUAUUCUCAAGUACGGCGAGAGGACAUGGGCGCUGAAGUGCGCGAGCAUGGACAACCUGCGGAGCGGCAUGGUGACGACGCCUGACCCGGGUCCCAACUACGCCAAGUUCAUGGAGGAGUACCGCUUCACGCGCGAGGCGGGACUCCAGGCGGAGAUCGUCAUUGAGCCGGAGCGACGGGGCGGCUGGGUCACCGCCGCGGCCAUCGCCGAGGAGAGCGUGCCGUACACGACGAUCAUCACCGACGCGCGCCGCUUCUUCGUCACCUUCAAGCGCCUCUUCGUCAACCUCAUCCUCAGCUUCCAGGACCGAACGCGGAGCCAGGCCACGUUCCUGCGGCUCACGCCGGAGCAAGCGUACAAGAUCAUCGAGAUCGAGCUGUCGCUCAUGUACGACACCCUGCACUCCAAGGCGGCGGUCAUCCACACUUGGUACGGCCGCCUGUUCCGCUGUGUCACGCUCCUCUCGACGUCGGCGGCGUGCCUCCUCUUCAAUCUGCUUGACAAGGAUCGGUACGAGUCGCACGACACCCGCGUCGACAUCUUCAUCACCAACCUGUUGUUCGGUGGAGCACUCUGCUUGGAGGUUUACGCCAUUGGUAUGAUGCUCAUAUCCUACUGGACGUACGCCGCUCUGCAAGGUUGCAACUGCCGCACGCUGAGCCAUCUUCUGUUCAAAAGCAUCAAGUAUUUCCGGCCGGAAAGCCGGCCGAAGUGGUCCAAUCUGAUGGCCCAACACAACCUUAUCAGCUAUUGCCUCCAUGACAGAGCAACGUUGCUCACCAAGGUCAUCACCAUGGUCGGGCUCAAAGGACAUUGGGAUAGUUGGAUGCACAUCCAGCACAUAGACGUGUUACCCGAGCUGAAAACCUUGGUGUUCAGGGAGCUCAAGGACAAGGCGGUCAGCAUCGUCGACAAUGCCGAGAGCUACCGCAAGUUCAGCAACCACAGGGGCCAGUGGGCGCUGCAGUGCAAGGGCUACUACAAGGAGCUUGGCUGGAGCGUCGAGGUAGAGUUCGACGAGAGCAUUCUCCUCUGGCACAUCGCCACGGACCUCUGCUUCUACUACGACAUCGACGGCAGUGACGGCGACGCCAAGCUCACCGAGUACGUUGGCAUCAGCAGAGCGGUGUCAAACUACAUGCUUUUCCUGCUCGUCGCGCGGCCGUUCAUGCUGACGGCCGGCAUCGGGCAGAUCCGGUUCGGCGACACCUGCGCGGAGGCCAAGAUCUUCUUCGAGCGGGAAAUGGCGCUGCCGGACGAGCGAGCGGCGGCGGCGAUGGUGCUCGAGGUGAACGCGGAGAUCGCGCCGAGGGACGUGAAGGGAGACAGGAGCAAGUCGGUCCUGUUCGACGCGUGCCGGCUAGCCAAGUCGCUGCUGGAGCUGCAGCCCGGCAAGAGGUGGCGGCUGAUCCGCGUGGUGUGGGUGGAGAUCCUCUGCUACGCCGCGAGCAAGUGCCGGAGCAACUUCCAUGCCAAGCAGCUGAGCAACGGCGGCGAGCUGCUCACUGUCGUCUGGUUCUUGAUGGCGCAUCUGGGGAUGGGGGAGCAGUACAGGAUAGAGGCUGGGCAUGCAAGAGCUAAACUAAUUGUAGAGAAGAACUGAGAUAAUCACCUUUCACCAAAGUCCAAAACGGUUGGUAGUAUCAGACGAUCAACCACUGCCACGGAAUUUAAUUCUCUUAAACAUUGCUGCCAGUCCGCCAUGAAAUUUAUCAUUACAUGUUUGGCCAUAGAUUUACCUGAGAAAAAUAGCAAUUCUACACACAGCGUAUAAAGAAAUUGAAUCAA